AUUAAUGGCGUCGUGGAUUAUCUCUUUUAUUGUAUUUCCGAUACGCAGUCUACGAUUACAAACGUACUACCAUUACAUUAUAUCCGGUAAAUUUUUCAUCGAAAGAUGUGCAAAUAUUCUUUAAACAAAUUCUUAAUAUCGUAUACGAGAUAUAUGCAUUUUAGAAAGUCUUAGAUCUUUUGAACAAGAAUAUUCGCGCUAUUUUCGUAUCAUACAUCGAUAAACGAAAAUAGAAACAGGCCGGGGCAAGUUUUCGAGUAUGGCAUAAUCGAUAGAUUCCCGUGCAGUAAGAGAAUUGAAAAUAUUGGCUUAACGCCAGAGGCGACGAGGACGACGACGAAGACUACGACGGCGACUACGAGCGAGCGAGUGUAAAUGCCGCCAAAAUAAGCACGCGGCAAAAGGACGAGUGGACGCCUAUCGAGUGAAGUUCUCUUGAGAGCCCGCGCCAUGGAUACAUUGAUACAUCGACAACAAACAAAUCAAGUUCAAACGCGACCCUCCGUUCAAAGAUAAUCUACGCGCCGGUAAGGUGUUACGUAAACUUCAAUCACACGAUUGCAAUGACGAAUAGCAGGCAAUGACAGGUCCCCUUCACUCGAUCCUCCACGAUCCUCUCGAUGGAAUCUAGAUCAACGAUGACUAAGAAUCAAGGGAACGGAUCGUGCAACGAGACAUACGGAAGAGAGUCCUUAACAGGUGGAAAGAAACGCGAUACCGGAGACAUCAUGCUCCAACGUGUGUCCACCGUACAACGGAAUAUCAUCACUCGAAAUAAUAGCCGGCCUUUGCAAGAGGACAACUGGCAGGUAAACGGUGUCCAGACGGCGCGAGUAAAGUGCAACUCAUUGGCAAAGGGCAAUAGUUGCCCCGUGAACCAAUACAGCCUCGUCGCCUCUAGGGGGGAUCUCGCUCGAAAUAACUGCACCGCGAGAGAGACGCCGGCGCCGUGCAUCGUUGACAAGAGGAGCAAGCCGACCGUGAACGCGAGUACUCGCGCAAAACAUCGGGACAACUUGUCUCUGAAAGGAGACAUCCCCUGCGAGAGGCUCGCCAAACACGCGGAAGGAUCGACGGAUUUCAGGAAAGCUCAACGGCCUAUAAGAAAAUCGUUCUCGGUACCCGAUUACCUGAGAGAAGGUCUUUCGACAACGCGGAAGAUCGGGCGAGGACCGGGCGAGGAGAGCAUUCUGAAAAAGUCUUCCGCGUUUCUGUCCAAUUUCGCCCAUCCGGCGAACAAAAUUAGAGAGAGGAAAUUGAGCAAGCAGAAUAAUUGUUGCGGCGAGGCGAGCUCGGCAAGGUAUCCGAGUUUCAGAGGUUAUCUCUCGUUCUUGAACAACGAUCUCGAUCCGUUUCAACGCGCCCCGUGCGUGCAAACGUUGCUGGUCGAGCGAAGGAAGACGAAGAACGGUGUAAAGAAAUCGGUGUCCUUCAGUUCGGACACGAGCUUCGAGGAGAAACGGGCACCUUAUAAAAGAGCCGCCGUUCACGAGGCCAAGGUGUAUCACAAGGGUGUUCUGCAAGAUCGUAGCGUGCGCGAGGUGGAUAUCGUCACGAAAGUGCCGUCCUCGUGGGAAGUAACCUCCGAGGGCCCAGCGGCCCUUCUGAGGGCAGCAAGAGAUGCCGACGAUGGAGUCCUCAAUGAGAUCGCAGUUCAAGUGCGAAAAUUUGGAUUUGGAAGCAUGGACGUCAAUAUGGCUGAUAGCAGCGGCAGGACCGCCAUCAGCUACAUGGCUGGAAACGGUGCCUCGACGAUGUUGGAGCUAGCGCUCUCGUUCGAAAGGGCGGAUCCGAAUAUCCCCGACAACGAGGGCAACACGCCGCUGCAUUUCGCCGCGCAAGCCGGGCAAACGGAAUGUUUGAACAUACUCCUUCAAAGGUGUCCGGACAUCGAGGUGGACGCGAGGAACGCGUCGGGUUUUACACCGUUGAUGAAGGCAGCCCUUCAAGGAAGGACUAAAUGCGCCAAAAUUUUGUUAUUCGCCGGCGCGAAUCCGACAUUGAGAGAUCACGGGAGAGGAUUGAGAGCGGAACAAUGGGCCAGAUUUUGUGGGAGGUACGUGUGCGCUGAAGUGAUCGAAAGGUUCGCUAGGCAUCGACUUCUUGAAAGAUCAACUUCUUGUCGGUGGGGUAGUGAACCUGAACUGGCGGCAAAAGUAUUACAAGGAAAGGUCGUGCCAGUUCCUACUACACCCUUGUCGUCGUCAUCUUCGGGGCUCAAAUCAAAAAUAAGAAAAGUUUUUCGCACAACAUCUGGACCAGACAGAAGUUUUUCUCUGGUCUCGCAAUUAACUAGCGCUGCUCUUUGCGCGAGUAGCCCCGCUUUACCAAAAUCCAGCGACGUUCCUCCCGUUGUUAAAAGUCUUCUUCGACCAUUGAGCGUUCCACAAUUAAGGGUGACGUUAGUUUCACCGCAAGAUUUCAUCGAGCAAUCAAAGGACAAAUAUGGGUCAAAUUUCACAGAGAAAAUCGAGAAUACGGUAGGAAAACCAUCACGGUCAAAAAAGAAAAAUAAAUAAAUUGGUAAAUUUGCAUUCGUGAGCCGAUUUGUCAAUAAACGCGCGCAAGCGUGAAAAAUCGCGACGUUUUUCUCUCUCUCUCGAAAAAAAAAAAUAUUUUUAAGAAUUUUCGAUCUCUUUCGAUUCAAUUUCAAUCACUUUUUAUCAAUACAGUUCCUAGCGAGCGACGCAAAUCUCGCUCUUUUUAAAAAAGUAUCGAUGUUAAACGAAUUCUCAAACAAUCUCGUUUCCAUCAGCAAAUUUUUUUAACGUCAUACACUUAUUUAUAUAAUCGACAGAGAAAAGGAUUACCAGUCUUCGUGGAUUAUUUUUUCUUUUCGUAUGUUAUUAAUCGUUAAACUUCAGAUUUGAUAUAAGUAAAUGAUGCUAGUAGGUGUUUAAAACGCGUGAAACGAUGAAAUUUAUUUUUAGUAGUUUACGAUUUUAGUAAACUAUACCAGAGAAAAUACGCAGAUAGACGAACUUCUAUAAAAUCACGAAUACCAAAGAAUCGAUAAGAAUAGGUAACGAUGAACCAUCGAAUCGAUAAAGUAUUUUUAAAACAAUUUUAAAUAAUCAUCCGUCAAAUUGCGGUGAGAAAAUUCGCUCUCGCGAUUUUUCAAUUUAUAAACGUAUUGGAAUACAAACUGACGUUUUUUUUAAUCACGCAACGAUCAUCGAACAAAUUUAUAAAUAAAUUUCUUGAUAUAAAAAUGAUACUGAAUUUGUUUGUAAAAUAUCUUUUCUCCGUUAAAAGACGAAAAUGAUCAUUUUUAUCAAGAUAAAAAUCGAAUAUAGAUGUACUUAAUAAUAUACUUAUACGAAAAUACCUAAAUAGUACAUCAUAAUAUUUAUAUUUAUACAUUCAAUUUUACAUAUACAUAUUAACAUUUAUAUUUAAUGUUCGAACGCAAACAGUGCCAAAUUUUAUGAAUCAAUAAUGCGUUCAAUAAAAAUAAAAGUCUAUCUUGCUAUAGUAUACGGAAUAACGAGGUAGAACAAAUGCUUCACAACGAAGAUUUGUGUAUGAUGAAUGAAAACAAUUUGUCUCCGUACCUCGUUUGUUAUUUAUUACUGUAAAAUAAAAAAUAAAUCUUUUCAAGAAAA